AUGGAAGAUGGAGAAGGUGAAACAAGCACUGGCUUGAACAUUUCAAAAGGUGAAAGCAACGAAAAGUCAUCACAAGCUAUGAAAGGUAAUGAAAAAAUAGAUUUGGUUCAUUCUAGCAUUCGAAAACAACUAAUUCCUGUGAUUGGGAUGGAGUUUGAGACAGAAGACUUAGCAUUUAAAUUUUACAAUGCAUAUGCAUACAAUAUUGGUUUUAGUAUUAGAAGAAGUAGCUUUCACAAAUUCAAAAGUGGCCAGUUGAGAGACAGGCUUUUUGUUUGCUUUGCUGAAGGUAAGCGGGAAAUUGAUAAGCAUGUUUCUAAUGUGAAAUAUCAUCGUGCUGAGACAAGAUGUGGAUGCUUAGCAAGGAUGAAAAUUAGUUGUCAUUUGAAUGAGAAGUAUCGUGUCAUAGAAUUUGUUUCUGAGCAUAACCAUGUGACUACAAGUCCGUCUAAGACUCAUUUUUUUAACUCCCAUAGGAAGAUCACUCUUGCACAAAUAGCUGAAGUUGAUAUGGCUGAUAGUUCAGGAAUUGCUCCCAAAGCAUCUCUUGAAUUUUUAAGUAGACAAGCUGGUGGUAGAGAAAGCCUUGGAUUUAUUCCUGAUGAUUACAAGAACUACUUGCAUUCAAAACGAACAAGAGAAAUGAAGUUAGGAGAUACAGGUGGUGUGUUAAAAAAAAAUAAAGAAGGAAGACCUUUUGCAAUGUUUGUUGGUGUCAAUCACCAUAAGCAAACUAUUAUAUUUGGUACUGCAUUAUUAUAUGAUGAGACAAUUCAAACUUUUACGUGGUUGUUUGAUACUUUUGUGAAGGCUAUGUCUGGAAAAAAGCCAAAGAGCAUUCUUACAGACCAAGAUGCAGCAAUGUCUGCAGCAUUAGCUUUAAAAUGGCUAGAAACAUCUCAUCGUUUAUGUAUUUGGCACAUAUAUCAGAAUGCAGCCAAACACCUUAGCGGUGUUUUUGAGAAGUUCAAAGAUUUCAGCAAAGAUUUUAGUAGUUGCAUAUAUGAUUAUGAGGAUGAAGAUGAUUUUCUAAAUGCUUGGAAUAAUAUGCUUGAAAAAUAUACUCUCGUGGGCAAUGAUUGGUUGAGUCGCUUGUUUAAAAUAAGAGAGAAAUGGGCGUUAGUUUAUGGGCGACAAACUUUUUGUGCAGAUAUUACUACUACCCAGCGGAGUGAAAGCAUGAAUAGUUGUAUAAAAAAAUAUGUUAGUUACAAAUAUGACUUGCUCAGAUUUUUUCAACACUUCCAACGGUUGGUUGAAGAUCGUCGUUACGAAGAGUUGAAAGCUGAAUUUAAAGCAAGUCAAAGUUCCCCCACAUUGUCAUUUACCGUAGAAAUAUUGAAGCAUGAAGCAAAUGUGUAUACACUGAAAGUGUUUAAAGUGUUUCAAGAUGAGCUAUGUAAGACUUAUGAUUGUGCUUUGCACUUCAUUGAUGAGAUGGGAACAAUAGGCAAGUAUGAAGUUAUCCCGUAUGGGAAGAAUUGGCAACAUAUAGUUACAUUUGACUCAACAAAUAAUGUAACUUUAUGUAGUUGUAAAAAGUUUGAGUUUGCAGGAAUCUUAUGUGCACAUGCCUUGAAGAUUCUUUCUACAAGAAACGUUAAAAGUAUCCCAGCUCAGUACAUCUUGAAGAGAUGGACAAAAAAUGUGAAGGCUAUGAGUGCAAAAAUUAAUUCAUCUUCAAGUAAAAAUGACCCUAAGACUUUUGACGAGGUGGAUGCAUGUUUGAAAGAAAAAUCAAGUCAAGAAACGUCUGAAGUUAUCUCGCCAGUAAUUAAUAGUAGAUCUGAGUUAAAUGAGUGCAUUAAUAUUGAUGAUGAUAUUAUUAAAGUUAGAGGAAUCAAAAUUAAAGAAAGAGUUGUUGGUAGUUCUAAAAGGCCAAAAAAUGCUUUGGAGAAGCUGGCAAAGAAGAGAAGAACUCGAAAAACAGAAUUGCCAAAUUCAAGUAGUGUUGAUUCAAUAUGUGUUCCUACUACGAAAGCUGCUCCAGCACCUCUAUCAGAAUUUUCACAGGAACUUGUUGAUGUCAAUAAUUUAAACAUGGAAUUUCCAGUUAGCAUGGUCAAUUUAUUGCAGGCACAAUCACCAUUGGAAGGAGAAUUUGGGUUGUUUAGCUCUCAAUUCACAAGUAUAGGGACCAAGAGUUCUAGUGUUGAAGUAGAUCCACCUUUUUCAAUUGACAAGAGUCACCAAGCGUCAUAA